AUUUCCAUCUGCUUAAAGAAACACGCAGAAUCUCCACUUACCAAUCUAAGAGCAAGAAGAAGAAGAAGAAGAAGAAAAGACUCUUUUGUCUGCUUUCUUAUCUUAGAAAUCACGUGGACUGGCAAUUAUUGGGGGAGGAAUGGGAUAGCCGUAGAGAUAAGGAAAAUAUGGUAUAGCUGGUGGAUCCUCCAUUUCUGGAGAGGAAAGAAGAGAAGAGCAGUGCUCUGUUUCUCUCCUUCCACGGCCAUGGCUCACACUUGACCAUCCUUACACCAUUCAAUUAGAGCAAAGAGACAGAAGGAGAGGGAGCUUUUUUGGUCCGAUUUAUAUCCAAGAUUCCGCCAUUGCAGCCCGGAAAAAUGGAGGGUCUAAUCCAGAUGCCUUACGACGCUACAGUCAAGCUUAUGUUGUCUUCCUUGGAGCGCAAUCUGCUGCCGGAUGCCGUCGUCCGGCGCCUCACCCGCCUUCUUCUCGGGGUUCGCCUUCGUUGGGGUUACAAGGCUUCUGCAGAGCUCCAGCUCUCCCAGCUCCUCCAAUUCGUGCAUUCUCUGAAGGAGAUGCCUAUUGCUGUCCAGACAGAGAAGCCGAAAGAACAGCACUACGAAGUCCCCACCUCGUUCUUCCGCCUCGCUUUGGGGAAGCACCUCAAGUACAGUUGCUGCUAUUUCUCUGACAAGGGAAGUACACUGGAGGAUGCUGAGGCGGCGAUGCUGGAACUGUACUGCGAGAGAUCGGAGCUGAAAGAUGGACAGACCGUGCUUGAUAUCGGGUGCGGUUGGGGUUCGCUCGUCCUCUACAUUGCGUCCAAGUACAGUAACUGUAAGGUCACUGGGAUCUGCAAUUCCACGACUCAGAAAGCGUUCAUCGAGGACCAAUGUCGGGAUCGCCAGUUGCAGAAUGUAGAGAUACAUGUUGCUGAUAUUAGCAAGUUUGAAAUGGAGGCUUCCUUUGAUCGAAUAUACUCGAUCGAGAUGUUUGAGCAUAUGAAGAACUACAGAGAUCUGCUUGGAAAGAUAUCCAAGUGGAUGAAACAAGACGGUCGCCUUUUCGUCCAUCACUUCUGCCACAAGGUGUUUCCAUAUCAUUUUGAGGUACCUAUGGCUUUCAACCCAAGUUUGCUGACUGUGGUAGGCUUUGAUUCGCUGCUACAAACACGAGUUUCUGCUUGUUUUUGUUCAGGAUACUCAAGAGGAGGAUUGGCUGGCUAGGUACUUCUUCAGUGGAGGCACAAUGCCUUCUGCUAAUCUCUUGCUCUAUUUCCAGGAUAAUGUCUCAGUUGUAGAUCAAUGGCUUGUGAAUGGUAAUCAUUAUGCCCAGACAAGUGAGGAGUGGCUGAAAAGGAUGGACAAGAACAUGGGUUCCAUCAAGCCGAUAAUGGAGUCCACCUACGGCAAGGAUCAGGCUGUGAAGUGGACUGUCUACUGGCGGACGUUCUUCAUGGCAGUGGCAGAGCUCUUUAGGUACAACAAUGGCGAAGAAUGGCUGGUGGCGCUUUACCUAUUCAAGAAGAAAUGAGCAAGUAGUUUGAUUAUUCGAGAUUUGUUUUAAGAACAUCGACGAGAAUGAGUUAUUGCGGAUUUCAAAUUCGAAAUUGAAAUUGGAAAAGAACUUUGUUAGAAUCGAAUGAAAAACAUGUUAUGAAAUUGUUGAAACAAUUUCCUUAGGUGACUGUUAACAUAUUUACAAGUUGCAGAAAAAAUGUCUGUUUGUCUGAUAGGCUGCUGCAUUCUUCAACCUCUCCUACUUCUUUUCCUGUCUCUUCCGUCGCUCUUUCUUCGCCUCCUCUUUCGAUCUCUACCUUCAUCAUCGGAGCUCGACUCCUCCACCUCCGACUCCGAAUCUGAACCACCAAGCUUCUUCUCUCGAUCUUCCUUGGCGACUCUUUCCAUCUCCUUCAGAUGCUCUCUCAUCCCUUCAGUCAGCCCACCAAGCCCUAUCUGCGUAAAGAAGUUGAUCGAAAACCUCGCGUUCCUCGUACUAUCCUUGGGAAAAAUCGAAUCCCCCAGCACAGCAGCAUUCUCUGUCAGCCUCUCGUUCAGCUUCCGAAUCCCCAGCUGCUCCGUCAUCUCCUGAAACAGAUACUUCACAAAGAUCCUAGACGACGAGUUCGUGUCCUCCUCGGUCAGCCGAACAUAUCCCAAAACAUCCCACGGCAAUGCAUCCGUAGCAAUCAAGUGCGCGAACAAUGUGGCCACAUUUCUCAACUUGUUCGUCUCUAGCCGGUGACUCGUCGAGUACUGCUCGGCGAAGCACCUCUCGAAAUUGGCCCGGUAGGCUAGGCGAAUCAUCGAGAGCCGCUGGGCUACGAGACCGUAAAUCCGGUUGUAGGUCUUCUCCUGUGCACAAGCCUCCACUAGCAUCCUGCAAAUCUCCAGCUCCUGCCCUGGUGCAAUGUUCAGGGAGAGCAGCUUGUGUCCGAGCUCCUCGAAUCUCAGGCUGUUCAUGAUCGUCAGGUAGAUGGUCCGACGGAGCUCCACUGCUUCUGUCUCGGUCUUGUCCUUGAUCUCGAGAUCAUCUUCUUCUUCCGAUUCGUCGGAUUCAGAUUCUGAACCGGUGGAUGUUUCUUCUUCUUCUUCUUCUUCGUCCUGAUCGCCGAGAAUGCUCUUCUUUUUCGCUUCGAAUUGGGACUCAUGUAGAGCAUAGUCGGGGUCGAAUUUGAACACAUUCCGACCUAGCUCCGGAUCGACGCCCGAAUCGUCGAGAGAAACAUCAUGAGUGAUUUGCUGGUCAUCCUCCAAGAGAUCCAGCUCGGGCCGAAUCGCAGGGUAACCUCUGAAAUUCGCCUUUCGAAUUGCGAACAGGCCUUCGAUCAGAAACUGCACUCGC